AUGACAGACCCAUUCAUUUUUGAUGAAGUAGUGCUGCUUCAAGCUGCAUAUGAUGCAUAUGAUGCUGGGAAUGUUGAACCUACAAGUAUCACUCCGUUUGUGCCACCAACUAUAAGUGUGGAUACCACACAUUUAUUUACAACUGAUCAGAUAUUUGAUACACGUGAUGACCUUCUGAAUUGGGUUCGGAAUGUUGGAAAGGAGAAUGGAUACGAGAUAGUGAUCGGAAGGUCCAACAAAGGAACAAAAGGCGGAGCUAUAAAAGUUAUUUUGUUGUGCGGGAGGAAUGGUGUGUACGUGCCCUAUAAGGACCCGAAAACGUUCAAGUACAACACCACCGGAUCAAAAAAGUGCAAUUGUCCUUUUACACUAAAAGGACAACCUACGGAGGGUGAUAGAAAUUGGUGGCUGAAAGUGAUGUGGGGGAAGCACAACCAUGAACCAGCUAGAUCACUAGUUGGCCACUCCUACGUUGGUCGACUAACGGGGGAAGAGAAGGGGCAGUUGUCAACUAUGCAUAAGUCUUGGGUUGCACCGAGACACAUGCUACUGGCUUUGAAGGAACAAAAUCUAGGUAACUUGACUACAAUCACUCAAGUGUACACUUGCUGCAAAACAAUCAAGAAAGAAGCCCAGGGACCAUUGACAGAAAUGCAAUUUUUGAUGAAGAAGCUGACAGAAGCCAACUAUGUUCACUUUGAAAGACAAGCUGACGAUUCGGAUGUCAUUAGAGAUGUUUUCUAG